AUGACACGGAACGCGAACGACAACGACAUCGGACCACGCGGUAUUGCAAAGGAGACGAUCGAGACCGCACGUCCCUCUUGCAGUAGUGACCGGUCCACUUGGAGCUUCGUACAGAUGAACAUGACGCUGCUGCCGAUAGCGCGUCCACGGCCGCUGAGCGUCCCUCAUCAGGUCCAAGAAGGAGCUCUGCGUUCGACGGGCAAACCCUGCACGCCGACUCAGAGACAGCACCAGCAGCGGCACCGGCGCACGAGUCACAUUAGCCCGAGACGACAGGACUUUGACUGCAGUCAUGGACGACCAGACGUUGUCACGUCUGGUCGUAGGGAUCACGGACGUCCCCCGACGGCGACAGCACGUUCGGGGACCACACGGAGCUUUGCCGCUCCUUGGCAUGGACCACCAGCAGCAGCUUUGAUGGAUACGUUGACGCUCGCACGGACCGACAGUGCAGCGUCGAGACUGCGCAGCGAUAGCGACGAUGUGCACUUGUCUCCUACUCCACAGAGCGAUAGCGGAUACAACAGCGAGAAGGAGUGGUCAGCGACAAACAGUUUACUGCACCGACGGAUGAGCUACUCGUCGCUGUCUUCUGCUUCGACAUGUGCUGCAAAGGGGUUCUUCAAAGGCAAACGGGUGCUCGAGCUGCAGGAUGAAGACCGUCGAUUCCAUCCUGAAGAUCUCGGGCCAUCUCCGACGAAACGAAGCAGACCUUAUUAG